GGGAGUGCAAGAGGACUGACAUAAAGUGGUGCCGUGUUCCUGCAGAGUACUGACUUACUGAGGGGACGCCCCAGAGACCCAUUAGUAUUUAUCUUGUUCCAUUGUUCCCUGACUGCUUCAUACUUAUUCAGGUGCAUUUUGGCAGACGUGAGUUAUGUCAAAAGCUUCACGUGCAGUAAAAACUGUAAAGAAAGCCAAUGUUGCCGGCAUGAUUCGAGCACUGGUGAGAGCUGGGCAGGCAGCUCCUGGACCACCGCUUGGACCCAUCCUGGGACAGCGAGGUAUCCCCAUUGGCCAGUUUUGUAAGGAGUUCAAUGAAAAAACCAAAGACAUCAAGGAAGGAAUCCCUCUUCCUGUAAAAAUAUUUGUCAAGCCCGAUAGAACUUAUGAUAUGAAAAUUGGGCAGCCUCCGGUGUCUUAUUUCCUAAAAGCUGCUGCUGGGAUAGAAAAAGGAGCAGCGCAGACAGGUCAUGAAAUAGCAGGAAUGGUAACAUUAAAGCAGCUGUAUGAGAUAGCUCUGGUGAAGUCACAGGAUGAAGCUUUUAUAAUGCGAGAUAUGCCACUAAGAGAUGUGGUGAAAUGCAUCAUGGGAAGUGCCAAGUCACUGGGGAUCAAGGUAGUAAAAGAUUUGACAGCAGAGGAGUAUGGGAAGUUCUUAGAAGAGCGACGGCUUGUUCUCCAAGCUGCUGCUGAAGCUCAAGCUGCCGAAGCUGCAGGAUCCAAAAAGAAAUAAGGCUCUUUUACAGCAUGGAGUGUGUGGAUGUUCCAUUAUCCCUGGAGAUAAGACUGCACAGAGUCAUAAUUAUCUUAUGAAGGACAGUAACUUGAUUGAACUGAGCAUGGGAUACAUGUUCUCCAGGCAGACGAAAUAUACUGUGGAUUUCUAUGUCUUUUGUAAUUUAUGUAAUAAAAUGCCACAAGCUA